AUGCUUAUCCCCUCUCCCCACUCGCCCAGAAUGCACGCCCGAAAGAACCACCACCUCUCCAUCAACUCGCCGGGCUCCUCUGCCCUCCCGCCGACCGGCCUCUUGACCCCGCGGACCCCCCGCUCAGCCCGCGCCGACCCUCUGCGCGACCCGCUGCUGUUCUCGCGCUCGCCCCCGCCCUCGCCGGGCCUGCCGCCCGCCCACCCAAAGGACUGGGGGAGAUCGGUUCCCAGCUGUUCGCGCCUGCUCCGCAAGCUCCUCGUCGUCUUCUGCGGCGUCGUCUUCUUGGGAUGGCUCGGCGCGCGUCAUUGGUGGCACUUGUCCGGCGGCCCUCACGGCAUCUCCUACCAGGCCCCGGACGGCUCCGAGUACGAGAUGGUCGGUGACAGCCUGCUGCCGGACGAGCCGUCGGUCGUGGCCAUGACGGACCAGAAGGGCAGGACCAGAUGGACCGUUUCCAUCCCCGCAGACUCGCCCUUCCCGCUCGUUCCAGCCCAGUACAGGGACUUGUGCGACCAGGCCAAGGAAGUCGCCGCUUCGAUCCACGGCAAAGGCUCCCACCACAGGGGCUACUACUACGUCGACCCCACCUAUAUCGACGUCCACCACGCCGUCGAGCAGGGCCUGCUCCCAGACCCCAAGGAAAGUGCGAAGAUGGUGUCUGCGGUGGGCUUGGAUGAUAGUCUCAUGGGAGCGGGCAACGUGUACGGCGGCGAGAAAAUGGACAUCUGCGAGACCAGCAUGACCUUCGUCAUGGAGACUUCCGACGCCGGUCUGGGAAAGACCCUGAUGGCCAUGUGGAUGGCGUAUGGGCUUGCUCGUCUGGAGGGCAGGGCCUUCUUCAUUGACGAUACGAGAUGGCCCUACGGGAGCUACGCGAGCUAUUUUAAGCCUCCUCCGACCCCGUCCUGCCUACCGCCAAUGACAAGCCAGGUUGUUCCCUGCCCCCACCAGGCCAAGCACUUGAUGGUCUCGGCCGCCACCAUCUCCACCACUUUCGGCCACGGUUUUGUCGAAGAGUACGAGGAUCCCCGCAAGAUGCAGGUUCAGCGACAGCACAAGAUUUUCGGCAUGCUUCGGGACGGCUACGAGGCUCUCUUCCGCCUGCACGACGAGGACGCCAACUACGUUCUGGAGCGGACCCGCACCCUCUACGAGCCUGUCAUCGAAAAGGGCGGCGUCAACAUCGGGCUGCACGUGCGCCGUGGAGACCGCCAUCCCUUCGAGUACCAGUAUUCCAAGGAUUAUAUCCCUUUGGACCGCUUCAUGCAAGGCGUGCAAUACCUCAUCGCCGAGCACUACGGCCCGUCCCUGCCUGGGAACAGGACCGACGGCGCCAAGGUCGGACGCGAUGCUCGCAACGGUCCGGCAGAGUCCAUGCACACUCCGGCCGCCGCCGUGAGCCAAGAGGAUCAACCGGAUCUCCUGGCCGUGACUUCGUCCCAAGCCGUGCUGGCAUCCGACGACCCGGACGUCUACACGGCCUCGGAGAUGGCGGGCGUCGCGCGUGCGCAGGAUCGCAUCGUGCUGGCCAGCAAGAAGACGCUGGAGGCGUCGGGCGCCAAGAACAAGAACCGCUACAUCGACGAGGUCUCGGGCUGGGAGGGUGGCUUCUUCCGCGACGUCUUCUGGUCGCUCGGCCGCUCCAACGCGAACAACGCCGGCGCCGCGGGCGACCACCGGAGCGACGAGCCGAACGAGGCGGCGCUGAAGAUGCGCGAGCUCGUCGGCCGCGCCUACCUCCUCGACCUGGCUGUGGUGGCCAAGGCGGACUCGGUCAUGUGCACGCUGAGCGCGACCGGGUGCAGGCUCCUGGCCGUGAUGAUGGGCUGGGAGCAGGCCAUCGAGCAAGGCGCGUGGAAAAACAUUGACGGCGAGUUCCACUGGCGCGGCAUAGAUUGGUGA